UGUCAAUUUGCGUUUGUAUCAAUUGUCUGCAUUAGAGUUUUUGAAAGAAUUGGGACAAAGUUGUCUUUCUUAAAGACCCUUUUGUGCUGCGUGAUAAUGUUUUAGGCAAGCUCCAACAUGAUUUCCAAGUCAUUUUUGCAUAUUUGUGGAUAAUCUAUAUUUGAGGUGUUAAUCUAAAUGCAGAUGGAUAAUGUCCAAAUAUUCAGCUAUAAUGUUCAAAUAUUCAGCAAUGAAAUUUUUGAUUUUCUUUUUUUUUUUUUUUUCUUUGCCUAAAUUAGUGGGCGUUUGGACAUAAAAAUUGUGAAAUUUGGAAAAAAGUAAGUAUUUGUUUUCAAGUUGAAAAUGGUAUCUGGAAAUUAGAGUUGUUUCUGAAUUUUUGUGAGCGAGUUGGAGUGAAAAUUGUGAAAACAGCUUUCUGGAGCUUUUCGAAUUCGGAAAAUUGUAACAAUCCUAUGUCCAAACGGUUCUCCAGAAUAAAAUUCCGGGAAAAAGUGAAACAGGCACUUAGUGUAUCGCUUAAUGGAUUAUUGUUGGUGUAAGAAUUUCGAAGACCCCUCUUACGAGGUCUCUGUUUGAAUUUCAUGCAUGAGUGGGUUCUUGCAUCUUGAUGGGUUAUAGGUAGCUCCAUAAUCCCUAAAUGCAUUACUUAUGUUAUUAAAAUGUGGAUGGUUCAGUUAUAGUUGAGCCUCUUGGAAAAAUUGGAUCUUCUGUUUCUAUGCGAGGAUUAGUGAUCGCUGCAAUGAAUCUUGAAGAACCCCUUUAUGGGGUUCUGUUGAAAUUUGAUGUUUGAUAUUUUUUUCUUGAAAUUCAAUGGCUUUAUAAGUUGCUCCAAAACUGUUGUUUGAAGUUUCAUUUACUAUUGUAACUUGUAUUGGCUUCAGCUAUCGUGUUGAAAUUAUUGGAAAAGUUAGCUUGAAUUCAUGUUUCUGCAGGUUCAUUAGUGAUAGGUAUGAAGCUCUUGAAUAAGUUUUCUCAAUUUCUGUUUGAAUUUGAUCAUUGAUUUGCGCUCUUGUGAUUUUGAGUCUAAGGUAGCUCGAGAACUUUUCUUGGUAAUUCAAGUCUUUCGAGCAUUGUUGAUUUUCCAAUCACUUGCAUGCUUUAAUUUUGAGGUGUGAAUCUGGACAGAGAUGUUACCCUAGUAAAUUAUUCAAACCUCUCUCCAUGUGUUCUAUUAUUCAGCUGUUGUUAUAAAGUUUCUCAAAGUUCUUCCUGAAUUUGGUUUUGUGUUUUGAAUAUGUAAUUUGCAACUUGAUUGGUCAAUAGGGUAGCUCCAAAAACCUUCUGAUGACGCUUUCUCGGUCUGAAAUGAUUUUGAUGGGUUUUAAUUAUGCUAAGAAUGACUAGGGGCUACCAUUUAAAUAUUUAUCAUUGAGAUUGGUCCUGAAUUUGGUUUUCUGUGUUAGCGAUGUGUGUGAUGAAGCUUUUGAAAUUGGCAUUUGCAACUUGAUGCUUCUAUAUGUAGCUUUUAGGCAUUUGAAGGCUCGCCUCUGGGUACUGUGCGAUAAGAAAGUGUCGCCAAGGCUUAAAGGUAAGUUCUACAGAGUGGUGGUUAGACCAGCACUUUUGUAUGGGGCAGAGGGUUGGCAAGUCAAGAAUGCUCACGUUCAGAAGAUGAAUGUGGUGGAGAUGAGGAUGCUUAGAUGGAUGUGUGGGCAUACUAGGAGGGAUAUGAUUAAGAAUGAAGUUAUACGGGGUAAGGUGGGGGCGGCCUCUGUGAUGGACAAGAUGAGAGAAACGAGGCUAAGAUGGUUCGGACAUGUGAAGAGGAGGUACGAGGAUGCGCCAGUGGGAGGUGUGAGAGGUUAGCUAUAGCAGGAGUUAGGAGAGGUAGAGGUAGGCCGAAGAAAAAUUGGGGGGAGGUGAUUAGACAGGACAUGGCAUAGCUUCAGUUGACUGAGGACAUGACCUUGGAUAGGAGGGUGUGGAGGUCAAGGAUUAGGAUAGAUGGUUAGUAGGUAAUAAAGUGUUAUCGUACUUUUAGUCGUAUGAUUUAGGGUAGUCGCGUAGUUUCUUUUUCGCUAAUGUGUAUUGAUAUAUGUUACUACUUUUGUUUUGUACAUUUGCUGUUUUGCUGUCCCUUUUUCUUUCCUAUGUUUCUGCAUCGGUUACAUUUCUUUUGAGCCGAGGGUCUAUCGGAAACAACCUCUCUAUCCCAUAAAGGUAGAGGUAAGGUCUGCAUACAUCUUACCAUCCCCAAACCCCAUUUGUGGGAUUACACUGGGUAUGUUGUUGUUGUUGUUUUUUAACAUUUCUACAUUCUCCAUCUUUUUACCCAUCUAAUUUAGCAUUUAAAUGUUCAAACAUCUUAUUAGGCUCUGUUUAUCAAACUUAAUAGAUGGGUCUAACUUGUUUUUGACGUGUCUAAUUUGGAGCUCUAAGGUGAAGUCACAAGCUAGUUUUGUGCAAGCAUGAGUAUAGGUCUAUGAUGUGUGGCUAAAUAUCAGAGCUUAUAGUAUUUGAUCAUUUAUGAAGCAAUUUUUUAUGGUCUGAUUUAUAUGAUCUGUGAGUUUGAAAGAUCACCUGAAAAAGAGAACAUAUUUGAGUGAAUUAUACAUUUAUGCUUAAAUCAUAGUACCUCUUUUAGCCAAGUGAGAAGGCAAGUUGGGUCUUUCUGAGUACUUCUCUAAUACUCUAGCUAGAAAGAUAAAUUUAUCUUCUAUGUUGUACGAGUGAUAAUGGAUGACCGGGUCCUUUAGAGAACUUACUCUCUUAGCCAAAGACUUGCACGAAGGUUAAUGCAUUUCCAUUUGCAACUUACUACUGGUCAUUGUAGUUUCUUUGUGUUUAUGGGUUAUUUAGAAAAUGAACAAAAAGUUGGUAGAAGUUUUGAAAAAGGAAGUGGUACUGCAGGAAGAACGGUGGUGCGUACCUUGUUUUCAGCUGCAGCACAAAUGCUUUUCCCGCUAGGUUCUAUUUUUUGUGCUCUUAGAAAUUAAUAGGCAGGAGAUUCCGAUCUUCAACAUUUAAGUGGGAGUUCAUGAUAUAUUUUCAUAGAACUAUACUUCUGUACAUAUCAUUGCUCAUGCAAAGGAAGUCAGAUGAAAAUGCUAGACGCAUAUAUGCUUCUAAAUGUAAAUGAGAUGUGCUCUAGGGUGAAACCUUUUUUAAAGCAAAGUAUAUUGAUAAGUUUGCAGCCGCCACCUCCAUCCCGCAACUAGAUUUUGAAUUUACGUGACUUCUACUGCUCGCUUGUUCAGGUGCCAAAGACCAAGAGAAACAAGAUGGUCAGAGCAUAUUCACAAGAGCAUACUUACAGGCACCCAUGGGAACGAGUUAUUUCUGCAUCCUGGCGCAAGUUUGAUGAUCCUGCGAAAAAACGUGCCCUAUCCCACAUCCUUGAGGUUGAUACGUUGAAUCACAAGCUUAACCCCAGCUCAGGGAAGCUUUACACAACUCGUGCCGUCACUAUACAUGCACCUGGGCCGUGGUUUGUUCGCAAAAUCAUUGGUCAAAAUAUCUGCCACUGUGUUGAAUCAACUGUUGUCGAUGCACGAUGUCGGUCAAUGCAACUCUCUACUCGUAACAUCAGUCUCCAGAAUUUUAUUGAGGUGGAGGAGAAAAUUAGAUAUGAUCCGCACCCUGAUAAUCCAAAUUCAUGGACAGUCUGCAAGCAGGAAACUAGUAUUAAGAUUAAGCCCUUGUCAGCACUGGCUUCUAUGGCAGAGAAAAUAGAGCAGAGAUGCGUGGAGAAGUUCCAGGCAAACAGCGCAAAGGGUAGAGAGGUUAUGGAGCGGAUGUGCAAGUACCUUGAAGCUGAAUCCAGUGGCAUUUCAGUGUCAUGACCAAGUUCUGACACUGAAUCCAGUGGCUUUAUGUUAGGCUUCUUCACUGAGUAGCAUUUCUGUUUUGCGACCUCCCUUUAAAAUGAGAGCGAGUUUUUGGUGAAACAUUUGUUGGUUGAUGAGUGUGCAAGUUCUUGUGGGAAACACAGGAGGUUGAGGAUAAAUCCUCUUACCCUUUUUGUAAACUGCAUUAGAUGUUAUAAUAACAUGGUAAUCCCUGUUCUGAGAA